UCAGAGGUUUGGAGCAUACGGCUACAGGAAGUUGCAAAAUGUCAUCCAACUCAUCAGGUCAAAGUAUCAAAUUUAGUGUGGAGUUCCGAGACACUGUAUACAGAAUUAACCCGGACUAUUUGUCUUGUAAGCACAAAGUCUUGUUCGAAGACAACGCAACAGACACCCUUAGGGACCAAGGCAGCGAACCUCACCUCUCUUUGUCUACAGAUUUUGCAGAUGGCAGGAAAUCAUUUUCGGAUAUCACCAAAUCUGAUAGUCCCUCCAAGUCUGUGUCAAAUAUUGAGGAAACUUUCUCUGACUCUGCGAUAAGAACUUUACAUAGUAAACACUUUUCAAACGACCGCAAGGGACUAAGAGGCUGGGAAGUUUGUUUAAGAACACAUUCUGCACAGUCUUGCCAUUAUCGAAAACUGAGGUCGGAUCACAAAGAUCUUCAGCGAAGCAGAAGUCUCUCCGCCAAAAUAAAUUCGACCAGACGUGAGAAGUUUAAAGUUUCCAAAAUUUCCAUCUUUUCCCCUGGGACAUGCAGUAGUCGUCUUAGUCAUCGAGACUCCUUAGAAAACACUAACAAGAAAGAUAACGGACACGCCCACUCUUCCUCCGCCAGUUUGAUUCGAGGGAGCUAUUACUGUACACCGGGCUAUGUUACGACUAUUCCAAAGCCUAUUUCAUACAAGUUCAAACACUUUGAGUACACCAGUAACUACAUCGAACAAUACAGGAAUGAAUACACGUAUCCACGCCUAGUAGAACCCCCUAAGCCUCCCCCGUCAGGUUCCUGUAAUUGCGAGGUUAAAGGUGAGGUAAUUCCAGGCAAACAGCCGGAGUUCCAAUGGGUGGAGCAAUGUCAGGCCUGUUCCAGACAUCAACAGGAGGGCCAUAGUUCUAGUGGACUCACCAUCAACAGCAUCAGUAGUAUCAGUACAUCCAGCCAGGGACCGGACCGAUCUCGGCAGACGCCUCACCAUCUUCUUGCUCACAACGGCGUUUUGAAAACGGAGUUCUACAAUAACCCUUUGAUGAUAGACAACACCAAACUGGAGCGCAACAAGACGCCAGCUCUGAGCAGGAACAGGCCAAGCAUCUUAUCCACAGUCAGACCCGUCUUACACCCCAACUCCUCCGUGGCCCUACCCGUCAAAAGACCCACGUACCAACCCCAGUCCCAUAAAUAAAAUGUUUAAACAGGGGCAUGUCCCAUAUCCGUCAAAAGUGUCACGUAUCAACCCCACUCCAACAAAUAAUAUGUAUUUGUCAGGGACACACCUCAUAUCCGUCAAAAGGCCCAA